AUGAUCUGAUUACAAGAGAUCAAGAUGCUGCAAACUCUUCACCAAUCCCUGACCCAAAGCAUCCCAGAGUCAAUGAAGGUAUAUGGCUCCAUUUUUAACAUCAUUCGUGGAAAUCCUUUCAACCUGGAGGUGCUGGUGGACUCCUGGCCAAACUAUCAGACUGUCAUUACCUGGCCUCAGAAGCAGGAAAUGAUGGAUGACAAAGAUUAUUACAUAAACUCUUACCACAUCGAGAAGUUGCCAGAAAUCCUAGGAUAUAAUAAUGUCAUCAACUGGAAACAAAGCCUCACAAUCCAAGGUAGCCAAAAUGGGUUAAAUGAAAAGAUAAGAGAUGCUGUGGCUUCCAAAGCAAUACAGGUGGAUUACUCCAAGAGGUUUCUCUACUUACCAAAUAAUGCUAUGAAAUCUAAUACCUCCAAGGCAAGCAAGCCUGAAGGAUCCACUGUGGAAAAUGUGAAAUUCAGAAGCACAAAUGACAACUUUAAACUUUGCCUAUUGGAUAUUUCCCAUGCUGAACUUGUGAAUAACAACUGGAAAUUUGGGCAGAAUGAGAGAAGUCUGAGAUUUAUCCAACGCUGUCUCCAAAACUUCCCUGGAUUCUGUCUAGUAGAUCCAGAAGGGAAGCCCAUCACUUGGAUUUUGAUGGAACAAACCAAUGAAUGGAGAAUGGGCUAUACCCUGCCUGAAUAUCAAAACAGAGGCAUUGCAAAGCAGAUGAUGAGUGCUUUUAUGCAGUAUAUGCAGAAGAAUGACAUACCGUUUUUUGCCCAUGUGGAAGAGAUGAAUGAGUACGCCCACAAAGUAGGAAAGGCAAUUGGUUUUCAUUUUGCUGAUUGUGGUUGGCAUGAAUGGAAAUGUGUGCCAACUGAACUUCUCUAA